AUGGACGACCCAUCAAGGUCCCAAGCCCUGACUGUCGUCAUCAAGCUGGGAACAAGUUCUAUUGUCGACGAAAACACACAUGAGCCCAUUAUAUCAAUAUUAUCGGCAAUAGUCGAGACUGCUGCAACACUUCAAAAACAUGGCCAUCGAGUUAUUCUGGUCUCGUCCGGUGCCAUUGGGGUGGGGUUGCGAAGAAUGGAUAUCAAUGAGAGGCCCAAACACCUCCCGAAAGUUCAGGCGCUCGCUGCCGUUGGCCAAUGCAGACUCAUGGGCUUGUGGGAUAGCCUUUUCGGCCAUCUGCGAAUCCCUGUGGCCCAGAUACUGUUGACCAGAAACGACAUUGCUGAUCGCACACAAUACCUUAAUGCUCAAAAUACCUUUUCCGAGCUAUUAGAUAUGGGGGUGAUUCCCAUUGUUAAUGAAAACGACACAUUGGCUGUUGCGGAAAUUAAAUUCGGAGACAAUGACACAUUGUCCGCCAUUACCGCCGCCAUGGUCAAAGCCGACUACUUGUUUCUAAUGACCGAUGUCGACUGCUUGUACACUUCCAACCCACGACACGACCCCGAUGCCGAGCCAAUCGAGGUUGUCUCGGACAUAUCGACACUGGAUGCCGAUGUGUCAACUUCUGGAUCCUCGCUGGGCACCGGAGGCAUGGGUACAAAAAUCGUUGCUGCCCGUCUCGCCACCAGUGCCGGUGUUACAACAAUCAUCACGAAAAGCUCAAAACCGGAAAAUGUUCACGAGAUCCUGAGCUACCUGGAAAAAAGAGAGACUGAGGCCCAUGAGAAUCCAGAAGACCAAGGUCUAUCCACCCCUCCACUACAUACGCGGUUUCUCCCGUCUUCGACUCCGAUCCACUCACGCUCGUUUUGGAUUUUACAUGGCCUUACGACCCAUGGAAGUAUUUAUAUUGACCAGGGUGCGUUCAAUGCGCUACAAAACAAUGCAAGUCUUCUCCCCGCUGGAGUUCUCGCAGUCGAAGGACAUUUCGGACAACAAGAGGCAGUCCGCCUAUUCGUCAUCGAAAAGCGUUCGCAGGAUGCUCUCAACGGAGAUUUCAUGAUUCAUGCCGAGGAGCCAAAGGAGGUUGGACGUGCAAUUGUCAACUACGGAAGCCUGGAAAUCGACAAGAUCAAGGGCCUCCGGAGUACGCAUAUAAAUUCCGCGCUUGGAUAUGCGGACAGUGAAUACGUGGCUCUGGGCGAAAACAUCUCAUUUUUUGAAAGAAGCGAGAGGUCUAGUCUGGCGGCCACCCCUAGCCAAAUAGAGAAAAAGUGA